CCGGCGCGGGGAGCGCCGCCGGCGAGGGCGAUGCCGCGGUGACGGCCCCGCCAUGGCGAAGCCCGCAGCGACGGCGGCGGCGGCGUCGGAGGAGCUGAGCCAGGUGCCGGACGAGGAGCUGCUCCGCUGGAGCAAGGAGGAGCUGGCGCGGCGGCUGCGGCGCGCGGAGGGCGAGAAGGUGGGCCUCAUGCUGGAGCACGGCGGCCUGAUGCGCGACGUGAACCGGAGGCUGCAGCAGCACCUGCUGGAGAUCCGCGGCCUCAAGGACGUGAACCAGCGGCUGCAGGACGACAACCAGGAGCUGCGCGAGCUCUGCUGCUUCCUCGACGACGACCGGCAGAAGGGGCGCAAGCUGGCGCGCGAGUGGCAGCGCUUCGGGCGCCACGCGGCCGGCGCCGUGUGGCACGAGGUGGCCCGCUCGCAGCAGAAACUGCGCGAGCUCGAGGCGCGCCAGGAGGCCCUGCUGCGCGAGAACCUGGAGCUCAAGGAGCUGGUGCUGCUGCUGGACGAGGAGCGCGCGGCACUGGCGGCGACUGGGGGCUCAGGCGGCGGCGGCGGCGGCGGCGGCGGGGGCGGCGCCGGCUCCCGCAGCUCCAUCGACAGCCAGGCCAGCCUGAGCGGGCCGCUGGCGGGUGGCGCGCCCGGCGCGGGGGCCCGCGACGUGGGCGACGGCAGCAGUACGUCCAGCGCGGGCAGCGGCGGCAGCCCGGACCACCACCACCAUGUCCCACCCCCGCUGCUGCCCCCUGGGCCGCACAAGGCCCCCGAAGGCAAGGCAGGAGCAACACGUCGGUCCCUGGACGACCUGUCGGCGCCGCCGCACCACCGCAGCAUCCCCAACGGUCUGCACGAUCCCUCAUCCACCUACAUCAGGCAACUGGAGAGCAAAGUGAGGCUGCUGGAGGGUGACAAGCUCCUCGCACAGCAGGCAGGCUCUGGAGAGUUCCGCGCGCUGCGGAAAGGCUUCUCGCCCUACCAUUCAGAGUCGCAGCUUGCGUCCCUGCCGCCCUCCUACCAGGACUCCCUGCAGAACGGCCUGGCCUGCCCCGCACCUGAGCUGCCCUCGCCCCCCUCUGCAGGCUACAGCCCUGCAGGACAGAAGCCUGAGGCUGUCGUGCACGCCAUGAAGGUCCUGGAGGUACAUGAGAAUCUGGACCGGCAGCUCCAGGACAGCUGCGAGGAGGACCUGAGUGAGAAGGAGAAGGCCAUCGUUCGUGAGAUGUGCAACGUGGUCUGGAGAAAGCUGGGAGAUGCAGCCAGCUCCAAGCCCUCCAUACGGCAGCACCUGUCUGGGAACCAGUUCAAGGGGCCUUUGUAGGGCCACUCUUCUGUGGACGUGGACUGGCCCUGCUGGGAGUCUCCAGGGGGAGUUUCAGGCCCCAGACACGGGCAGGACCUCCAGUCCAGCCCUUGUCUUCUUUCUCUGUGGUGAACUGUACAUAGGACGCUGCCCGCCCUGGCCCAGCUGCCAUGGCUCCGAUGCACUGGCCCAAGCCGCCAUCUCCCGCCUCACACACCAGCAACCUGGGAAGGAGACGCCGCGGCCGUUCCUGCAGCAGAGCAGCCCGGACGCCUCGUUCCCUCUCUGGGCCCCGAGCCCUGAGCCCCAUGAGCAGGAGGCUGCUUCUGAGAUCCAGCCUGGGGACUGUCCAGGCUCCUGUGUCCCGCCUGGGAUGGAGGGGCCACUCAUCAAACCCCCUACUCCCCGGCUGCCACCCACACUGGACGGACAGCACCGCUACCUGGGUCUU